CGCUUUCAAAACCAAGACGUUGGUGAGACUGAGACAUGGCGCACAGUUCAGGUGUCACCAGAAAACAGAAGCUGAACUUGGUGCUGUGUGGAAGUGAUGAAACACUGAAGAACACCGUAUCAAAACUUAUAAGAGAGAAGAAACACGUGGAUCUUCAUGGACGUCUGAUCAGUCUGGUGGAGCUUCCAGCUCUCAAUCAGCUCUCAGAGGAGGAAGUGAUGCGUCAGACUCUCAACUGCGUGUCUCGCUGUGAUCCUGGAGUUCAUGUUUUCCUCUUUAUUGUUCCUGAUGCUCCACUCAAUAAUGAAGACAAAGUAGAAAUGGAGAAGAUCCAGAAGAUAUUCAGCUCAGUCAAGAAACACAUCAUGAUGCUCAUAAUCCAAGAGAAGAACAUGAUUAGUAAACUGAUUAGUAAAAUCAGUCUAUUUCAAUCUUCAGAUACUGAGACAGAGACAUCUCUUCACAAAUUUGGAGGUCAUCGUUUUUUUCUGAAGAACAUCUUACAGGUUCCAGAUCUACUGAAGGAUGUAGAGGAUAUGGUACAAGAGAACAAAGGAAGUUCCUACACAACAUUCAUGUACCUUCAGGAUCAAAUAGAGCUCGAGAGAAACAAACACAGAGCUGAAAUAGAGGAACUGAGAAGUGCAAUGGAAAAAACAAAAACAGCUGGUGAAACACAAAGUGAUGUUGAUGUCAGGAUUGUGCUGCUGGGAAAGACAGGUGUUGGGAAGAGUGCAACAGGAAACACCAUACUGAGAAGAAAAGGUUUUACAUCAAAAAUAGCUUCACGCUCAGUGACCAGAGAGUGUCAGAAAGAAAUAUCUGAGUUCAACAGAAGACAGAUCAGUGUAAUUGACACUCCAGGUCUGUUUGAUACUGGAGUUGAUAAUGAUGAGAUCAGGAAGGAGAUUGUGAAGUGCGUCUCAAUGGCGGCACCUGGACCACAUGUGUUUCUGCUGGUGCUUCAACUGGGACGAUUCACUCAAGAGGAGAAGGAUGCAGUGAAAAUGAUCCAGGAGACUUUUGGUGAUCAAUCCAGAAUGUACACUAUGGUGCUCUUCACCAAAGGAGAUGAACUUGAAGAAACAACAAUUCAAGAUUUUAUUGACGGCGAUGAUAGUUUAAGGAGCGUUGUCCAACAGUGUGGAAAGAGAUACCAUGUGUUCAAUAACAAAGAGACUGAAGAUAGAAAACAGGUUUCUGAGCUGCUGGAUAAGAUUGACUGUAUGGUGGCAGUAAAUGGAGGGAGUUUCUACACCAAUGAGAUGUUCCAGCAGGUGGAGAAGAACAUCAAAGAGGAACAAGAGAGAAUACUGAAAGAGAAAGAAGAAGAGAUCAAGAGAAAAGAAGAAGAGCUCAGAGCCAAAUAUGAAGCUGAAAUAGAACAAAUGAAGAAAGAAAACGAGAGAGAAAGACAAGAGAUGCAUAAUGAACUGAGAAAAAGUGAAGAGGAAUUCAAAAUGAAAGAAGAAGAGAUCAAGAAAGAAAAAGAUGAGAAUGUACGAAAAGAGCUGCAGAGAAAACUGGAGGAGCAGCAGAAACUGUUUGAAGAGGAGAAUAAAAGAAAAGAAAAGGCUUUAGGAGAACAACAACAGAACUUCAUAAAAUACGUGGAAGAAAAACAUGAGAAAGAAAAACAAAAACUCCUGGAAAAAAUUCAACUUGAAACUAGAGAACAAGCAGAGUGUGAAUAUAGUGAAAAACUCAAGAAAGAAAUAGAUAGAGCUUUGGAUGAAGCUGAAGCGAAACUACCAUACAGAUCAAAACGAGCUCGUGACUGGGGUUAUUUUCCUGUUCUUGGAGCAGCUGCUGGAGGAGUUGUUGGUACUGGUGAAGACAUUGCGUAUUGGAUUAAAAGCUUUUUCUAAAAGUUAAGCUUAAAAUCAAACUGGAGGGUGAGUUCAGGUAGAUUGAGACAAAUCAUCACACUAAAAUAUCAGUGUGCAUAAUGCCCCAGUUCUGUUUGUAUUAUUUUGGUUUUGUUUAAGUUUGAGUGUAGAAAUGUUUCAUUUUACUUUUACUUUUUUUUUUUAUAUAUUUAUUUCUUUAAAGAUUCCAGAUCUCUGGUUCUCAGUAAAAAAAUGAAUAUUACAUCUACAAUAAUCAAAAUUCUCAGAUAAUUCAUUUCCAAAUUAAACAAGAUUAUCUCCUUUAAAGGAUUAGUCCACUUUCAAAUAAAAUUUUCCUGAAAAAAAUUUCCUUUCAGAAGUGAACUAAUCCUUUAAUAUGAUGACAAGAACAGCAUAACAGACAUGACACUGGAUAAGAAAUAGUUCAUCCACAGUUUCUUAAAAAAAAUAUCAUGAAUAUUUAGUGUUAUUCAUUUUUAUCAGAUUUUCAUUAGAGUUUAUUAAUUGUGCUGUAGUUCAAUUUUCAGCUAGUUAUUACUGAACAAAUAUGCUUUGUAUAAUUAUGUGACAAGCAGGGCGGGGUGAGAGCCAUGAGGGAACGGCUCGAGGCCGGUGGCGUGAUUGCUAAGGAGUGUCACCUGCGCGCUGCACCGGACUCGUAUCUCUCACGGAAGAGCUCCGGAAGCAUAAAAGGAGGAGCAAUGACAGUGAAGGACGAGAGAGGACCAGGCCUAGACUUUAUGAUAUGUUUUAUUCCCCCGGUAUCACAGACAAUCUAGUCCCAGAAUAAAAUGCAUGUAUGAGCUAUUUAACUGAAAGCAGUGAUGAUACAUCUUAAAAUAUGUCAGUGUCAUUGUUUUGUCUCAAGAUGAACACCAGUAAUGUUUUUUAUCUAGUGUACAUUUAUAAAAGCUAUAAAUAUACUAAUUGAACUAAGCUCUAAUCCUGGUUUAGGCUAAUCCCUGUCUGUGAAACCGGGCCAUUAUGUAUGUGUGUGCGGCAGUCGUCCAUGAGGGACUGCCACCAUUUUACUUUCGUUUUGUGUUUAUUUUAUAGUUUUUUUUGUUUUUUUUUAGUUUAUUUAAGUGUGUUGCACAUUCACCAGUUCCCACCUCCUUCUUCCCUGAUCAACUAACCUUGCGUUACAUUGGUACCAAAACCCAGGAGGAAGGAGGGACAUUCUCUCUGAAAGCCCUGGUUGAGGGCAGCUGGCAGCGAGUCCCCCGUUCCCUGCUCCUCCCCAUCAUGGCGGACGGCAGCAGGCUUCUGCCCACUGUGAAUGGUGGUGACUCCUCCGUUCCCUCAAGGCUCUCGCCCCGCCCUGCUUGUCACAAAUUGAUAAAAUAAUUAUUUUAUUAUGAUUAUAACAUUAAUUUACAUAGGAACUUUGUGUAUUGAGUAAUGUCACUCUGGACUCUAUAUAAACAACAGCUGAUUAUAUAAUAUGGAAGUUAAGAGAAAAUAUUCAGUGGUUGAAAAAAAUUACUAUGCAUACAAAUGCAAAUCAAAUUAUAAAGAAUAUACCUGUAUAAAUAUGAGAGAGAGACAGAGAAAUAUGUAGCCAUACAAACUUUAAAAUAUUUAGAUAGACAUAUCAAGUAGUAGAAAAUGUAUAUGUAUCUUAGUUGAUUAUUAACCUACUCUUGACAGAGCGCUGGUUUUGUUUCUGAGAUGCACAGAGAUGCGACACAGAUGAUUUGUGACCUUGCUGUGCUUAUAUUGCAUGUUUAUUGUUUGAAAUAUAUCAAAAAUCAAAUAUAUCAAGAUAAAUCAAAUAUAUAGCCUACAGAAUAGUAGACCAUGUAUGAUGUAGUAUUUUAGUAUUUUAUUCUUGCAUGCUCUGAUUUCUGAGAGAUGCUUGGAGAGGCAACAGCAGCUUGAUUUGCGCUCAUUUUUAUUCAUAAAGUUGACACUCAUUCACAUCACACACUCAUUAUUAGAUGUUUAUGUGUAAUAUCACGCUAUGAUCCCAUGGCUCACCUGUUGUCCAGCAAACAAGGAUUGACUGUCUGCCUCAGAUGAAUAUUAUUCAGCAGAAUUAUUAGUUGUUCAUUUUGAAGCCAUUAUCCGUGGCUUUGCAUACAAGUUAUUCAGCUCUGUAACAAAACUAUAAAUGUAGUCAUCAGUGU